GUGCCGGGGACGUGUGCGCGCGCCCUCGGGACCGUCGCGUCACAGGUGUGUCUCCGCAGGUAUGCGGUCAAACAAGUUUGUAUGUGGGUUUAAGCGCGGAAGCAACUCUACAACAAGAGCCAAAACUCGUGACAACUAUGUCCGUUCGUCUGCGCUAGUUUACAGAGUUUACACUGUUACAUCGCGCGCACGGGUGAGAGGUUCUGUGGCCACAGGAGUCAGCAUAGACAUGAGCGCCCUCGCGGCGGGGGUCGCGGCUCUGGGCCUGCUGCACUGCGCCUGGUGCUCGGUGCUCUACAGACACGCUCCAGGCCCUGAAGUGCUGACCCUGGCCCCUCCGGAGGCCAGCUCGUUCCUGUCCCGCUCUCUGCUUUACAAUAGCUGGGAUUUUGAGCUGGUGGUGCGGGACAGCUUGGAGAGGGAGUGCAUGGAGGAGGUGUGCAGCUACGAGGAGGCGCGCGAGGUGUUCGAGGACCCCACGCAAACGGAGCUGUUUUGGAAGGGCUAUGCUGCAGACUACGCUCCCAAAGUGGACGUGUCAGGUCUGGUUGCCGGGAUCGUGGCUCUGCUGGUCACUGCAGUGAUCGCUACUGUCCUAGGGGUCUAUUGUUACAAGGCCCGCCACAAGUCUGGACGAGCACAAGCUCCGGUAAGGAUGGCCGGAGACGGGCGUCCGGCUGCAGAGACAGUGCCUCUGGCUGGGAUCACAGUGCCAGGUUUACCCAGCUACAAUGAGGCUCUGACCAGGAGCGGGCAGCAUGAUGCGCCCCCUCCCCCAUAUUCUGGGGGGGCGCCAUCAGAGCUGGGGCAGGACGCCGGAGCAGACGGGGGCAGCUAGAGAUGUCGUGGAUGGUCAGAGCGCCGCCUGCAGGCUGCUGUUGCUAAAGGACUAUUUAUUAGAGUUUCUUCCUCAGAGGUGUGGGUUCUACUCCCGUCCCUCGUGUUCCUCUGUGUGUGUCACUGUGAUGUGUGUCAAAUAAAGUCCACUUUGUGUCCACUCUC